GCUUCCUGCUCUCCGCUGUGAGGGCGUCUCUGUGCCAGAGGGCACCGCCAAGUCACUCGCAGGGCAGGAGGGGGAGGAGAGAGAGGGAGGGGGCAAACAACAGCCCGGAGUCCGGCCGUGUGAGGCGCAGCAAGUGAGAACCGACCGGACUUGCCGUCGGGCACCGCCUGCCCUUUAAGCGACUCAGUGUCCCCCCCCCCUUUUAUGUACAGCAGUGGCAUUUCUGCAGAUCGGGCAGCGGGAACAUGUCGAGUGGCCCCGAGGCUUCGGAGCAAAAGUAAACGAGGGCAGUUGUUCUCCUGGGUGUCGUUGCCACGCCCGCGGGGUUCAGAGCUCGGGUUGCCAUGGCUGUCAUGAGGCUCUUUGACACAUCUGAUGCGGUGGAGCUGUUUGCUCCGCAGAGUCUCUACCUGAAGCCGAUCGCGAGGCUGACCAUCAGUGUGAUGCUGCCCAAGUCCAAGGUCUCCCCCAGGCUCAUUUCAAGCUGGGAGCUCAUGGAGACUCUGAAGAAGAUGGUAUACCCGGAGCAGCUCACGUCGCUCAGAGUCUCGCGCAGCACAAUGGAAUUUAUUCGCUUUGAGGCAGAGCUUGAGAACAAGAAGCUCGUGCAGACCGUGUGGGAGAAGGUUAACAACAAAAGCAUCAGGGUGAAUGGAAUCAAUGAGACGGUGCGGGUUAUGGCAGUUGUGAGCCAAGUCAACUUUCCCAGCCCAUCUGACUGGGAGUCCUUUUUCAAGACGGCCAAGACCAUGAACGAGGCUGUACCUGGGGAGAGGCCAGACACCAUUCACAUGGAAGGGCUGCCUUGCAAGUGGCUGUCUUCAAAGCAGCUGAACAAGGAGAAGCCCGUGGAGGAGAUCCUCCAGAGGGUGUUUGGAAGAUUCGGAGAGAUUCGAAACAUAGACAUUCCCAUGUUGGAUCCCUAUAGGGAGGAGAUGACAGGGAAGAAGUUCAAUACCUUUAGCACUGGUGGCCUCCCUACCUUCGAGGCUUAUAUCCAGUACCAGGAGUGUGCCGGCUUUGAGCGGGCGAUGGCGUCGCUGCGGGGAAUGAAGCUGGUGUACAAAGGCGAAGACGGAAAAGCUCUGGCGUGCAACAUAAAGGUGACUUUCGACACAACCAAGCACCUGAGCGACUCCGCGAUUGAAAAGCGGCACCUGGAACGGCUGAAGCUGCAGGAGCUGGAGAGGCAGCGAGAGGAGCAGAAACGGAGGGACAAAGAGGAGGAGGCCGAACGAAAACGCAGGGAAGAAGAGCGGGUCAGGGAGAGGAGGCGGAAGGAGAAGCUGAGGAGGAGGGAGCAUAGGCAGAAAGAGAGUGAAGAGAGACGUCGCCAGCGUGAGCUGUGGAAGACAGAGACGGAGAGCGAGGCCAGUGCUUGGGAGGAGAGGAAACUGGUGCUGGCCCAGAGGAAGCUGGAUUCCUACAGGCUCCUCACCGCCCUUUUAAAUGGUGUAAGAGAAAUGAUUAUCCAGAGGAGCCAGCUACCUGAGCGAGACACUGUGAGACUUGACCAGAAGAGCGAGGGGUGUGAGCAUACAGGAGACAGUGAACAGAAGACAUCUGAUGGAGAUACAACGGGGAAUAUGGGCUCUCAAAGGGUGACGUCAGAAGCACAGAUGGAGGUUAAGGCGCCUGUGGAAGAUUUUGAUGGAAGGGUGCGGAUAUCACUGAGCAGAAAAAAAGAGCCUUUGUCUUCUCAAGGCCCCAACUUUCCAGCCAGCUUCCCACUGCUGGAAGAGCACGGUUUUUCCAGUCGGAACACAGCCAGGGAAGAAAUAUCAAUGCCAUAUGAAUCCGCAUCACUGCAAAUUACUGUGACACAAGACCGCAGCGCACACCCGCAAGGCUCACGCACACCUGGCCACGAAAACUGCUUGUGCAAAGGAUAUUCUCGAAAGGUUACUACUGUCGACCACCAGAUCCACCGUCGCCUUUACGAGCAUGGGGGUUUUCUCAGCUGCUUGCAGAAUUACCACCAGCACGUUAGCCCGUUGGAUCCCAACCUGGCAAAUAUCUGCCCUGGUGCCGGCAAGGCCGGGGACUGCUCAGACUGGUGUAGGACGGUCUCCGAGAAUGGGGAAAGCUUUCGCGUACAUCUGAGGAAUACGUCGAGUCCUCUUUGUAUUGAGACCAGCAGCAAAAGGCAAAACAGGUGGCCGGAUAAUGAUUGUGACUGGAACUACAGAUGGACAAUCUCAGUGAAUGAGGCUGGGGUGCAACAGAGAGCCUUCAGUGGUAGCACCAGCCCUCAACAGAAGGAAUGCACGAUGCAGUUCCAGGUACACUGGAAGGAUUCCAGGAAUCAAAUAGAUUUUGAGGAAGAUUUUGCUAGUGCCUACCGAGUUCUUUUAAAAGAUAGCAUUGUCUUGGGUUGCAAAGGGGGGAGGUCUAUCAGCCAUCCCGAACAUCCAAGAAUAGAAGUAGAGAACUCAAGGAGAGGUUCCAAGGAACCAUGGAGAAACCCCAAUAACAACUGGAAAGUUUCAAUUACAAACUCUCAGAAUAACCUGGUUCAACAAAGGCGAAAGGAGAGUGAUCAAUGCAAGGAUAUAAGUAACCAGUACAACAGCCUAUUGAACUCCCAGUUCCAAGCUGAACCAUGCUGUACUAAGAAAGAAAACACGACUGAGCAGAGUAGGGCAAAAAGAAAAAUGGAACGGUUACAUGAAGAAAAUAUUUGUGAGUAUGGUGCUGGCAUUGAUUGGUUAAAUUGCAAGUCAGGUUUUCAUCACGAUUCCUCAAACCAAGAGCCUAAUGAAGCGUCUGAAGAAAACAGUGACUUUCCAUUUAGGCACGAGAAUGAUCUCAAAUACUCUUGGAAAGAAAGUAAAAGCAAGUUCAUCGAAGAACCUAACAAUUCCAACAAGCUUUGCUUUGGGCACCAGAGAAAAGACCUACAGAAAGGGAAGAAUUCAGGAGAGAUUCCUGGAAAAGAGCUGGUCUUGACUAAUCAACUGUGUAAGGUCUUCAGCGAGGAAGUGAAACAUAAAAAGCCGAGAACGGACUCAAAGACGGGAGUUAUUUCUGAAGCCAGGAACAAUAAAAAUAUACACAAUCCUCUGGAUUCUAACAGGGAUUUGAAAACUCAUUGGAAACAUGUGAAAAGUGAAUGUUUAGAUAAAGACUGCAGUUCUGUGAGAAGUUUUGCUAAUCACCCUGCUUUGCCCGGAGAUCGCGCGUCUUGUGAGACAGACUGUGGGCUUGAUUUGGGAGUCAAUGGAACCCAGACAUACUUCCACACACAUUUUGCUAAUGACCACAGGCUUUUCGAUGUUAAUGUACACGAGCAAAGGGUGAAAAAGUAUGAAGCUGAUGUGGGGAAAUUUGAUCACUGCAAGUGGCCAAAGGGGGGUGAGUGCAAAUCAAAGUAAUUUGGUGUCUGAGCACAACAAACAUCAGUCAGCAUUUAUAUCCUCCUUUGUUUAACAACACAAUCAGCUUCCUUUACCUAAAUACUUUGUAAACAUUUCCAUCUGAUCUUGUAAGAAAAUGCAGUUAAAUACUAUGGUGUCUUUCUAAGCCAAAUAUAUUUGAUUUGAAAAUUAAAUGUACCUUUAGGUAUGAAUAUUAGCUGAGUAAAUUCUAAAAUGUCAGCUGUCCAGUGGAUUAACAAUGCUCCUUUCUUGCUGACCUGAUUUAAAUGACCUAAUCUAUAAUUUAGAGUCAACACACAAGAGUGAAAAGUCCUUCCUAGAUAUUUUGCAACUGAAGAAAAAGGAAAUACUUUAUGUACUGUCAGUGGCCAUUUCACUAGAUACCUCCUAUAUCAAAUGAAAGUGGCCAUUGAGUGUAUGUUUGUGGUCUUCUGCUGCUGUAGCCCAUCUGUCAAGGUUCAGAGAUGCUCUUCUGCACACCGCUGUUGUAACGUGUGAUUAUUUGAGUUAUUGUCACCUUGAACCAGUCUGGCAAUUCUCCUCUGACCUCUCACGUUAACAAGGCUCAGAACAGCUGCUCACUGGAUGUUUCCCUUUGCUUUUCGCACCAUUCUCUGCAAACUCUAGAGACUGUUAUGCAUGAAAGUCUCAGGCGAUCAGUUGCUGAGAUACUCAAAUCACCCUGUCUGGCACCAACAAUCAUUCCAUGGUCAAAGUCACUUAGAUCACACUUCUUCCCCAUUCCGAUGUUUGGUCUGAACAACAGCUGAACCUCUUGACCAUGUCUGCAUGUUUUUAUGCUCUGAGUUGCUUCCACAUGAUUGGCUGAUUAGAUACUUGCAUUAAUGAGCAGGUGUACCUAAUAAAGUGGCCACUGAGUGUAUGUUUCCACAAAGUAAAUGGUAAACUGCCUUCUGCUGCCACAUCCCCCAGUCUGUGUGACUGGAGGAAACGAGGCUUACCUCACUGUCUCACUGCAGGUUGAGGGAUCGAGCUGUGCACGGAUUGCUGCUGUAUUUGUGCGAAUUACAUUAGUGACAAGGUAGUUCAUUGUCUCAUGCAGUGCGAGGACAUGAGAAGAGCUACAAACACUUGGUUCCAUUCCUUCUGCAGCCAAGUCAAUGAUGCUGUAAGCUGUAACAGAACUGAGAACAGAAAUUACAAUUAUGUUCUUGUCUCCCACGCAAUCUCUGAGGAGUCAGUGACCUAUCUUUAAUUCUGACUCCUGGCAACACUCUUUCCCAGUCUUGUGUUUUACUUUGCAGGUGAAUUUUUCCACUCAGUUAAUAUAAUGGGGUGGCAUGACAGCACAGCGGUUAGCCUAACGCAUUACAGCACCAGCGACACAGGUUCAAUUCUGGCCGCUGCCCGUAAGAAGCUUGUAUGUUCUCCCUGUGUUCGCGUGGGUUUCCUCCGGGUGUUCUGGUCUCCUCCCAUAUGCUAAAGACAUACCAUUUAGUAGGUUAGUUGGUCACAUGGGUGUAGUUGAGGGGUGUUGGCACCUUGGGCCAGAGGGGCCUGUUACUGUGCUGUAUCUCUAAAUAACUAAGUAAAAUAUAUCUUGUUAAUUUAUCUUGACAAUCUAGUUUGUCAUAGGGAACUGCAGCAUGAAGACAGGCCUUUCAGCCCAUCAAGUCCAUGCCGAACAAUUCUGCCUGAUCCCACCAACCUGCAGCUGAAUCAUAGACCUCCAUACCCCUCCCAUCCAUGUAUUUAUCCAAACUUCUCUUAAAUAUUGAAAUUGAACCUGCAUCUGCCACUUCUGCUGGCUGCAUGUUCCAUAUUUGCAUCAUCCACUGAGUGAAGAAGUUCUGCCUCAUGUCUUCCUUAAACAUUUCACCUUCACCUUUCACCUUUAAGAACAUAAGAAAUCGGAGCAGGAGUCGGCCAUCUGGCCCGGCGAGCCUGCUCCGCCAUUCAAUAAGAUCAUGGCUGAUUUGGCCAUGGACUCAUCGCCACCUCCCUGCCUUUUCCCCACAACCCUUAAUUCCCCUACUAUGCAAAAAUCUAUCCAACUUUGUCUUAAAUAUAUUUACUGAGGUCACCUUCACUGCUUCAUUGAGCAGAGAAUUCCACAGAUUCACCACUUUCUGGGAAAAGCAGUUCCUCCUCAUCUAUCUUUACCCCUCGUGAUUCUGUAUACCUCUAUUAUUGUUCUGUGCUCUAGGGAAUAAAGCACUAACCUUUUCAACCUUUCUCUAUAACUUAUGCUCCCAAGUUCCCAAACAUUCUGUAAAUUUUCUGGUACGCCUUCAACCUCACCGAUGUUUUUCCUGUAGUUAGUUCAAGUUUAGCAUAUUGUCACCCUACAUGUGUAUGCCACCAAAUGAAACAACGUUCCUCCAGACCAAGGUGCACAACACAAUACAUAUAAAUAAUAAGGUGCAGUUAAGACGCAAGUUUAAAAAGUAAGCAAUGUAAUGCUACUGGUGCUUUGUAUGUGAUGAGACCUGGGUGGUGACAGGGAGUUCUGUAGUCGCACAGCCUGGGGGAAGGAGCUGUUUCCCAUCAUUACAGUUCUUGUCCUAAUGCUAUGGUACCUCCUGCCUGAUGGUAGGCAGUCAAAGAGUUUGUUGGGUGGAUAAGAGGGAUCAUUGACGAUGCUAAGGGCUCUGUGUAUUCAGCACUCUGGAUAAAUGUCUCUGAUGGGUGAGUGGGAUCCUUCAUGAUAUUGCUGCCUUUUUCUCGCACCUUCUGUACAUACCAUAUGUCCUGGAUGGUGGUAGACUGUUGCCGGUCAUGCUGAAGGUUCUUCUUUUUAAAUCUGCCAAAGAACAUCAGAUCAAGUGUGCAAAUAGGUUUUACACUGAAUAUUGACACCCCCCCCCCCCCGCAAAUCACCCAGCAAUUGAAAGUAGCACUGAAUUCAAUCCAGUUGCUGUGGUAUAACGAGGAUAUAUAAUAAUGUUAAUAAUUAUAUAGAUUGUAUACCACAAUCCAAAGAGGAAAUCUGUCUUGGAGUAUUGCAAUUCAUUUUCAAACUCUGAUUCAUUUGGGAGGUUAAAAUUCAAAUUCAAAAUAUUUUCCCAAAAUAGAUUUCAUUCACUGUGAUUAUAUGCAGAUAAAUACUUAAAUUGUGUUGUUAUCAGCAAAGGCUAAUCAUGAUUCAGGCCUGCAAAGUCCAGGUGGAAUUAUGCUUAAUACUUGAAGGCCUAGUUGCUGGUUGGUAACAAUUUUUUACUAAAGUGUAAAAACGUAAUAUUUGGGAAUAUUUAAAAAAUUGUUCUACCACAAAUAAUGUAAGAUAAAAGUACCUUGAAAUUUAUCUGAUUUUGACCAUUACAUUUCAGCUAAACUAUCUCUGACGGACUCAUAGGUAUAUUGCAAAUGUUUUGCUAUGAUUUGCAGUAUCUUCUGUUUUCUUCCAUAAGUGUAAAAAGAAAGGGGUAUUGUGUUUUUUUUCCUGUAAAAUCUUUUAUCCAUUCAUUCUGUAUGUAACAUUGUACUGCUGAUAAUGAUCUUGGUGACAAAACUCCAAGGAUUGAUUCUGUGAAAGUAGUUCCAACUGAAUUCUAAUUAAAGACAGCAUAUUGUUAAAUUA